AGUCACGAGCGAGACGCAACGCCGUCGAGGUGUCACUUCGUAGCCUUUCUUUGAAAACACGUCAAUUCCUUUAAAGCUCGUUUGCGUAUUGAAAACAAUUAUUCCACCAGCUCAAGUCAAGUUAUGCGUUCAGCCCGCUGCACAGAUUGUAUUCAUGAAAAGAAAAAGACGCAAGCGCAAUAAGGUGUUAUUUGUUGAACGGUGAGAAUAGACGAUCUUCGUAUCCUAGCGUUCUUGCCCUUUCCACGCUGUUAAACUUAGUGUAACCGAGGCUUUAUACAUCGGUCGCCUAUACUGUAUAAAAGUACAAAAUAAACACGGAGGCUCCAGUUUUACACGAGGACGACUUUAUUUAAUUCCUUUUCAAAAUUCCGCUCCACCACAACGUGUCAUCACUUCCGCUCUCCGCGCCUUCAAAAUAAGAGCUCAGGGUAUAUGCGGUAUACUUAAGAUCACGAAGAGAAGCGACGUGUGUCAUCAACGCUCAGCGUGGACCUGAAAGUGACUUCCGGUGUUGACUGCACGUUUAGCUGCCUUAGCAUGGAUGCUAACUGGACGACGAUGGAGGAGUUUGCUGCCGAGUUUUCACUUGUAACUAUGAGAGACCUGCAGGAGAAGUCCAUGCAGACGGACGAGGUGAUGGACGCCAGCACGGGCGACGCCGGCGUCAACACGGACGUGGACUGGGAGGCGCAGGUGGCGGCCAUGUUUGCGUACAGCGACGUCCUGGCCAAGGAGCACAGCGAGAUGAUGAAGACGCGGGAGAAAGACGAGGGCGAGCGAGGCGAGCAGACGCAGCAGCUGCAGAAGAAGAAGUCGCAGACCACCCGACAGCAUCAGGUCCUGCUGGAGAAACUGGACUCGCUGCGAGUGAAGCUGCAGCUCAACAACGCCAAGAGCGGCAAGAAGAACUUCCUGUCCAAGAAGCAGGAGAUGACGUCAGAGAGGAGCCGCGCCGAGGAGGAGAGGAACAGGCUGGCCCAGGAGCUGCGGCAGAGCGACGCCAAGCUGGUGGCGCUGACGGAGGAGCAGCGCGAGGAGCAGCGGCGCUGGCAGGAGGAGCUGGAGGCGCUGAGGAAGGAGGUGCAGCGAGUGGCCAAGGAGACCAGGGAGGCCGAGAAGACCGCCGUGCAGGACGAGCUCGCCGCCGUGGAGAUUCAGCGGGACGUGGCCAUGGGGCGCAUCAAGGCUUGGCUGGCCGAGGUGGCGCAGUACCUGAGCGUGCUGCAGAGGGUCUUCCCGCAGCAGUACCAGCAGGAGAAGCCCACCUGGGCCGGCAAGGAGGCGGCCGUGCGCAGGAACCAGGUCGAGCUGCAGCGCCGCUUCCAGGAGGUCCUGCAGCUGCUCCAGCAGGGCCGCGACCUGGAGUCCCUGCCCAGGAUCAACGUGGCCGCACUGCCGCACGUGCCCACGGCCGACCUCAAGUUCAGACAGAUGAUGAACUCGCUGCUUCCUGCCCCCCCACCCAGACCAAGCUACUUCCAGCCCCCGCCUAACUACCGCCCCCAAUACUUCCCGCCGCCCCCGCACUACCUGCAGCGCCACGCCAUGCCCCCGCCGCUCUACCCCCCCUACGUCAGAGCUCCUGCCAGGUUGCCGCCGCCUCCCAGCCAGUCCUUGACCACGCCCGCCUACCCGGUGGUCCCCUCGCCGCCUUUGCCGUCCUCCGGCCCCCUGGAGAAGGUGCUGGACCGGCUGGGGGCCCGCUUCCCGCAGUGCAGCAGGAACCAGCUGACGCUGCUGCUGCAGCAGGUAAAGAGCGCCCGGGGAACCCUGGCCGGGAUGUCCGUGGACCAGGUGGCCGAGCAGGUGGGCCUUAAGCUGGCCCAGGGCGACACCUUCCCCUCCAGGCCGCCGCCGCCAGCCAGCCAGUUGUGCCUCAUGUGCCAGAACGCCGUGGACCCCGAGAGCCGCCACCCGCUGAGCUGUUCCCACGCCAUCCAUCAGGACUGCAUACGCAUCUGGCUGCAGUCUAGUCCUAACAAGUCCUGUCCUUUCUGCCCCGCCAAGUGAACCUUUUGUCUCCUUUUUCAAUCAAAUCUACUUUUGGACUGAAGUCAAACAGCUCAACUGUCUUCUUGGCUGCCAGCACCUCAAGUCACAUUUCAUUUUUGCCUCAAAUGAUCACUUUUUACAUGACAUAUUAUAGCGUCAAUAGAUGGACUUAACUCUUUCAAUGACAUUCACAAAUCCAGCAGUCUGUGGUUUCCCCCGGCAACACCGGAAAUGUGUCCCGUGUAAACGCAUCCGACUGGAAGUCUAACAAUACACAUACUUCUGUGGCUGAGUACAGUACAGACACUGUGCACAUUCAUAUUGUCAACAAAUUAAAAUGUGUUGAAGGCUCAC